CCACCCCUCCCGCCGGAGCGCGCUGUCCAUCCCUCAGGUAGUAGCAGGGACGGCGGGAGGGCGCGCGCUCCUCUCCUCGCGCUCUUCGUUUCCAAAGCCACGCCCCCGCCCCUCCCUCGGCAGAAAGCGCGCGCCGCCGCCGCCUCAGGUGGAAUCAUCGCCUCAGCAGCAGGAAGCUCGGAGACAACUUCUUGGAAAGUCCUCAGGGAAAGAAAGAAGCCCAAAAGCGACCGGCGGGUUCCGGUGCUCAUGCCAAUUCGGAUGUAAAACCCACGGAAUCUGAGGUUUAUUGAAUUGACAUAUGAUACUUGAUGAUGGGACAGAAGCAGUGUGGUUGGACCUUUCAGAGUGUUCAAAACAAAACAUAAGGCAGAUAGAGAGGCAUUUCAAGACACAAGUAAUAGAGUGGAAUUGCUCAAACUGCAAGCAAAUUUUCAAGUGUGAAUAAUACCGUCUCUCUCAUGCACACUUAUUCUGUUUUUCAAAAAAUAUCCUGCAGCUCUGGUGAAAUCUUUCUGACUUCAAAAUGGUGAAGAGUGGGUUAUUGGAGCAAGCUAACAAUUUCCAGAAUCUUGCUAGGGACUUAGAGCUCAAAAUGGCAACUUAUGAUUCCCAUUUGGAAAAGGGAAUAAACUGUGACAAAGUAGAGAAUAAACAUGACAGAAAAACUGUGUUGUUGGAGAAAACUAAUUGUCUAUAUGAAGAACUUUAUAGUGAGAACAGGGAUAAAGGUGCUGUGCAGUACACGUUAGAGGGACCGUUCUGGAAGUUCAGUACAGGGAAACAAAUAGUUCUCAAGAAGGAUGUUCUGGAGCAGAAGGAGAGUGCAUUCACUGAAGUGAGGAGAAUGAAGCUGAUAAUUGAGAAAACCAAAAAGAUGGAACAAGGAAAUGGAGAGACUUACUUUGGCAAAGAGCACCAAGUUUCUUGUUCAUCAGGCAGUGCGUUCUCCUUUGUGUGGCCAACCAGAGCUUCUGGGGAAACAAAGAGUGCUUUUAGCAAACCACUGAAAAAUCUAAUGGACCAAAGAGCAGUGGCUGCCACUUAUCAUCUGAAUGAUCCAUGGAAAGGCUCAGGAAAGCUGUCAGAAUGCAUCAGUGCCAUUGACUUCAUGAGAUACAAAAGCUUUCUGACUUCCAAGUGCUUUCUGGGUGAUUUGAACAGCUCUCCGCUGCUGCAGACCAGUUUUGUUCAGAGCAACACUUUCCCUUACGCUGCAGGACUAUGGCCAAGGCAAACAAAAGACCACAUGCAGACCACAUCCACACCAAAUGCAAGCUCUUCAUUUGCUUCCUUGACUCUGUUACCUCCUACUUUCACUUCCUUUGGUGUAGCAGCCCAAAACUGGUGUGCAAAAUGUAACCUCUCCUUUCGCAUGACAUCUGACCUUGUGUUCCACAUGCGCUCCCAUCACAAAAAGGAGAGCGUUUUUCCAGAGUCCCAUGGCAAAAGGAGGCGGGAAGAGAAACUAUCCUGUCCUGUCUGUCAGGAAUAUUUUCAGGAGCGGCAUCACUUAUCUCGUCAUAUGACUUCUCAUUAUUAGGCUUAUCACUGAUCAUUUGCAGUGUGUGUGUUUGUAGGUACACCCUUGACUGUGUUGAGUUAUUUGCAUGUAUUUUGCAGCCAGAUUUAACUAGCAUCUUCUAGGAGGCAGCCAUCUGCAAUGUUUUCAGAAAAACACCAUACACAUACAUGAACUUCAGCUAGCUAUAAUUCUGAAAAAAAAAAUAAAACUCUGUAGAUUUCCAGA